AUGGUUCAAAGUCUUGUACCGGUGACUGAAUCACCUCCACUUAAGUCUAAUCAUGAGGAUAAGGAUUCCAUGAAUCUCAUGUGGACCGGUAGAAUGAUCAUGUUAGUUUUUUUUUACAAACAUGAAGUUUUAAUGGCUAAAGUAAUUUUUAUGCUCAAAGUUGGGAAGUUUAGAUAUAAAGCUACGGCUAAACUAAAUAAUCAUCAUCAUCAUCUCCCUAGUCUGAAGUCUCUCUCUCCACUGUACACACCUCCCCCCCUCUCUCUCUCUCUACAUAUCACUCCCACAACCAUCCUCUCCAUCCAACCCACCACCAUAUCUUCACCACCCACCACCGUAUCUCCACCACACCCCCUCACAAAACCCCAACUCAAAACCCUAUCGGAAUUACCAGAUGAAUUAGGGCUCGAUUCGCAGAUCUCCCUUCGAUUCCUUCAGAUUCCUUCAAAUUCCUCUCGCGAUUUGGAUUUGAACAGCAUCCAUCCUAAAUUAGGGCUCGAUUCACAGAUCUCUAGACUUGAUGUAUUGAAGGUGUUUCAUGCUCAAGGAACUGCAAAUCACACCUGUUGCAUGCUUGCUGUUUUAUGUAGAACCAUUAAUAGGGAUGUUCGACAAGGAUUCCCGGUUCUAGAUAUCACUUCUUCUGGACAUUUAGAGAUGAAUUGAAGUGGAAGAAGAAUGUGUGGAUGCUAGGAAAGUGAUGAUAUCCCAUGGAGACUAGUUUGAAGAGACAGAGUGUGCUUUGGUGAAUAUAUAUGAUAUUAUAUAUAUAUACAUAUAUAUAUAUAUAUGUAUAUAUAUAUUAUUAAAUGACUGAUUUGCCCUCACAUGGGUUGCACAUGACCUUACUUAACUGAAAGUUGUAACCAGGUUAGGAUUAAAGGACCUAAGGUGUAACAGGUUUUGCAAAUAAAGGACUGUGACUAUAAUUAUUAAAGUUAA